GAAUGCUGCUGCGGUCGACGACAGUACGAACACUCUCUUUCCUCCCAUUUGUGCUCCUCCCUUCGCUGAAAAGAAAAAGUAGACGCUGGGGAAGGAGACAGUGAGGGUGAGGAGAUUGAGGAGAGGUGAUCGACGUAGAUGAAAAGGGGCGGUAAGGGAGAAAUUUUGACAGGAUUGCUUGAUUUCAUCGUCUUCUUGGAUCUCGGCUGUUGGAGGUUCUGAGAAUUGGUGAGAGGGCUUCGAUUUAGUGCUGGGUAUGGUUUUGGUUGGAUCGUUUGUGGACGAGGAAAUCGUGGAGCUGAGGUGGUCUCCGGGUUAUUGAUGAUGGCGUCUUCGGAGGUGUCGGUUAAGGGGAGUUGCGGAGGACAAGCGCAGUGCUUCUCGUCGGGCGGCAGUGAGCCGCAUGAGGUCGCGACGGCGAUCGGCGGCGUUGCUGAAGAGGAUGGAAGCUUAGGAUUGUCCAACGGCACUCUUAGCAAUAAAGAUUCAAAGGACGCUCUCUACACGGAGUUAUGGCUCGCUUGUGCUGGUCCUUUAGUGACGAUUCCCAGGGUUGGGGAAAAAAUUUUUUACUUUCCUCAAGGCCAUAUUGAGCAGGUGGAGGCGUCCACGAAUCAGGUUUCAGACCAGCAGAUGCCGGUAUACAACUUGCCAUGGAAGAUCCUUUGCCGUGUGAUGAAUGUCCAGCUGAAGGCUGAGCCGGAAACUGAUGAGGUAUAUGCGCAGGUGACUCUGCUUCCCGAGUCGAAGCAGGAUGAAAGUACGGUGGAGAAGGAGGCGGUUCCAUCUCCACCGCCACGGCCUCACGUCUAUUCUUUCUGCAAAACACUGACUGCAUCGGAUACGAGCACUCACGGUGGCUUCUCGGUGCUAAGACGGCAUGCAGACGAGUGCCUCCCUCCACUGGAUAUGAGCAGGCAGCCACCAAGUCAAGAAUUAGUGGCAAAGGAUUUGCACGGGGUUGAAUGGCCUUUCCGUCACAUAUUUCGUGGUCAACCACGAAGACACUUGCUUCAAAGUGGAUGGAGUGUUUUUAUUAGCUCUAAAAGGCUAGUUGCUGGGGAUGCGUUUAUAUUCCUGAGAGGGGAGAAUGGUGAACUUCGUGUUGGAGUGAGGCGUGCAAUGAGGCAGCAGAACAAUGUUCCAUCAUCAGUGAUUUCUAGUCAUAGUAUGCACUUGGGUGUUCUUGCAACAGCUUGGCAUGCUGUUAACACUGGCACCAUGUUUACAGUUUAUUACAAACCAAGGAUUAGCCCAUCAGAGUUUAUUGUUCCAUUUGAUCAAUAUAUGGAAUCCAUAAAUAGCAAUUAUUCUAUUGGCAUGCGGUUCAAAAUGAGAUUUGAAGGCGAAGAGGCACCAGAACAAAGAUUCACGGGAACUAUCAUCGGGAUAGGUGAUGUGGAUGUAGACAGGUGGCCUGGUUCAAAAUGGAAAUGCCUUAAGGUGCGGUGGGAUGAGAGUUCUUCUAUUCCUCACCCUGAGAGGGUUUCUCCAUGGAAAAUUGAGCCUUCUCUAACACCUCCCCUUAAUCAACUUCAAAUGCCUAGAGCAAAGAAGCUGCGAACUUCUACCUUUCCUUAUUCCACUGAUUCUUCUGUUAAAAAGGAAGUUGCUACCAAAGUCACUGCAGACCCUUCCCAACUAAAUGGGGUUUCAAGGGUCUUGCAAGGUCAAGAAGGGAUGACCUUGAGAAGUACUGUGGAAGGGGAUGAGUCAGAGAAAGAUCCAAAAUAUAUAAUGUGGUCUACAUCCGAUGAAGAGAAAAAUGACAUUUCUGCUCAUAAAAAAUUGGGAUCAGACAACAGGAUUCAUAUAAACAGACAUGAGCAAACAUAUUCUGAAGUUAUACCAGGAUUCCGACCUUUUGAUUCAAAUGGUUUUCGUUCAUCACUUUUUGAGCAAACUUUAGGUGAUAAAGGUUUUUUGAAAACUUAUUUCGAAGAUCAAGUGUCCAACCAUAACUGUUCUCCUGGAUCAUGGUCUUUGAUGCCACCAAAUUCAAAUUUUAGUUUGCCUGAAUGCAAUUUGAAGGCAAGUACACAAUUUGAUGAACUGACUUAUCAGAAAAUGGGAAUUUGCAGAUAUGGCAUGCAGGGUGUUUUUACUGAGUUUCAGGGCACAGGAGGCAAUAACCAUUCACCAAACUGGUUGGCAAAUUUACUGGCAGAGUCUCAAGAUAGCAGGCCACAACCUAGGGUCAUCAAACCUCAACCCGUAGUGCUGUCACAAAAUGAAGUGAUGAAGCCCAAAGGAAACAGUGGCUGUAAACUAUUUGGGUUCAAUCUAAACAGCAGUCCACUUACACCUGAAUUAGUUGCAGCACAGAUCAAGCCAGUUGAUAUUCCGAUGACACUUGACCAUCCUGCUUCAGGCACUAAUAAACGAUAUGAGGUGCCCACUUCUGAGAAAUUGUUUGGUGAUUCACCAACAAACUAUUCUUCAGAGAAACAUGUUCAGGCUCCUAAAGAUAACCAAAACAAACUGCAAGGUGGUUCAACUAGGAGUUGCACAAAGGUUCAUAAACAAGGUAUUGCUCUUGGUAGAUCUGUUGAUCUCACCAAGUUUAAUGGUUAUGAAGAACUUGUUGUCGAACUAGAUCAAAUGUUUGAAUUCGGUGGUGCACUGGUGUCUCCCAACAAGACUUGGAUGGUUGUGUACACUGAUAAUGAAGGUGAUAUGAUGCUUGUCGGAGAUGACCCCUGGAAUGAAUUCUGCAACAUGGUCCGCAAGAUUUUCAUCUAUACUCGUGAGGAUGUCCAGAGGAUGACCCCAGGAACAUUGAAUUGUCAAGUCGAAGAGAAUGCAUCUGCUUCUGAUGGAAGAAUAGCUAGCGAUGGACAAAAGGAACCCAUUGCUUCUGGUAAUCCUGAGACUUCUGGAGGAUGUCCAGGAGGUGAUAUGGCUUUUUGAAGAUGCUAAGCAAAAAGUGACACUGGUCGUCGUUGUUUCUUCUUUCCUUUUGUUUUUUAUGGUGGGACCCAACCAGAUACUGUGUGAGUUGUGGUUCAACCCCCCUUUAUAGUUCUGCUUUUCCUCGUCCCUUGACGUGGACAGUGGGACCUAUCUUAUUUCCUGAAGUUUUCGUUGGUAUUGUAAUUUUUGCUUACCAAAUCCCUUGUGGUAUAUAUGUUAUUGUGACAGCUACUGUAGUCCUUAGAUCCACCCACCGACCGUGUAAAUAACCCAUCGGUUCAGUAUAGUAUAUAUAACUUGUCACACUCUA